AUGGGGCUUUUCACUUGGGCGCGGCGCAAGUCGCAAGCCGCAACGGCUACAGAAGUGUCGCCCCAGACCCCCUCGCCCUUUCGCGAUUCUACAGCCCGGCAACCAAGCUAUGAUUCGGACCAUGAAUUCACUCGGUCGAUCCCCGGCGCGUUUCCGACUUCCCCUCCGAUCUCACCAACGCUCGCGCCCAGCCACCCCGAGGUGCCCAUGGAUGAGGUUCCUAUGGAUGAAGACUUCACAAUAGCAGGUUUCGACUCAAUGCAAAUAGAUACACCUGCCACAAUACCAGAGCUCCCCACAGACCUGGGUUCUCAUCUUCACCCGAGAAGACCCUUACAUUUCACUCCUACUCCAUCCCGUACCAAGCGCCCGCCAUCAGUUCGCUCAGCAGCUGCAGCGAGAUCUGUCACGGAACGAGAGACAUUCGUGGAUGACCCAUGGAAUCGACACGCAUUGGCAUUUGAGAAGCUGCCUUUCGGACGACCGGUGUCUGCGGUGCAGCUGUUUUACCCGGACAAAAAGCCACUACCCGCCAACCGAAUCGCAUCGAUCUAUGCGUCUGAGUGGGAGAAAAGAGAGCGCGAGCGCGCUGUUUAUGAACGCGAUCUUCGUCGUCCGACGAGACUUGUUCCGCAGGGAUCACCAGUGCGGCAGCUUUCCCGGGCAUGGCUGGACCGGGUGACGCAAGCUAUGAAGAGUGCCCACGGCCAUAGUGUUGCCAGGUCUUUGUCCGGAGAUGAUUUGUACCAGAAGGACAUUGCCACGUGCAUCAAGCCUUUGGCCUGGCUUAACGACGAGAUCAUCAAUGCUUAUCUCAUCAUCCUCGUCCAGUACCUCCGCCAGUCUACCGGAAACGCAGGGCGUAGUGAUCGACCCCGUUUUCAUGCAUUCAACAGCUUCUUUUAUUCCAGUCUACGUGACAAGGGAUACCAGGGGGUUCGUCGCUGGGCAAACCGCGCUAAGAUUGGCGGCGAGGGCCUGCUGGAUGUUGAUACGGUCUUUGUCCCUGUGCACGAGUCCAGCCAUUGGACUCUCAUGGUUGUCCGACCAUCAGACCGAACAAUUGAAUAUUUCGACUCCUUGGGUUCGCGUGGCCCAAGGCAGGUGAAGGUUAUCAAGGAGUGGCUCCGCGGCGAGCUGGGGACGAAAUACGACGAUGAGGAAUGGACCGUGCUUCCCUCGGUGUCUUCUCCACAAGACAACGGAAGCGAUUGCGGCGUCUUUCUUCUGACUAACGCCAAGGCCAUCGCCAUUGGCAUCGAGCCUACCGUCUUCGGCCCGAGCUACACGAGCCUCGUACGCAGGAAGAUCGUCGCCGAGCUCAUGAACGGUGGUCUCCACGGGGAAUUCGACCCUAGUGACCCGCAAGGCAAAAUCUUACUUUGA